CCCCUGCAGACCCUCCGAUGACCCUUCCCACCCCCGCCUGGUAGGCACUCUGAUUGCAGCCGGUCGCCAUUCAUCAACCGGUUCACACCGGCGGCCGCCGCCGCGCUGUGACGUCGGCGAGGCGGGCCUCCGCCCCCGCUCGUCAGCGCUAGGAUUGAGGCCCGACUGCGAUUGGCCGCCUGGGCGUUCACGUCACUCUUGCUAUAAAUAAGAGGGCUUGUGACGCAAGGGCGCCUCGGCGCACGUAUUGGCUCAUUGGGCUGCGGGCCGGCGAGGCUGCGCGCUCUCCCCGGAGCCGCUCGCUGCAGGAUCGAGUCCACUGCCCUCGCUGCCUCCCGCGAAGCCGCUGCUAGCCCGCGACGACCACCGCCACCCCUGCCCUACCGCUGCCGCCUGUGUCGCCGCCGCCUCGGGACCGGCUGUAUGAUUAAGCCACAAUCUUCAAUGAGUAGACAUAUUCCUCAGUUCUGUGGUGUUCUUGGUCACACAUUUAUGGAGUUUCUGAAGGGCAGUGGAGAUUACUGCCAGGCACAGCACGACCUUUAUGCAGAUGAGUGAACUGUAAAAACUCAUUGCUACUCCACCAAGAAGCCCCCAUAAGAGUGGUUAACCUGGACACAGAAGUGUUGAAUUAAAAUCCACAGAGCAUUUUUUACAAGAGUUCUGACCUGGAUGGGGUAAACCUCAGUGCACUUCGUUUCUAUUGCCUCAGUAUUACUGGAUUGGAAAGUUGCUGCUUCUUUUUAGGAGGUUCAUUUCAUUUCCCAUUACUCCCAACUUCAUACUCAGAAGCACUGAGAAUUUCAAGUGGAGUAUAUUGAAGUAGACUCAGUUUCUUUGCAUCAUUUCUGUAUUCAGUUUUUAAAAUUUUUUCAUAACCCUAUUGAGUUUUUUUAACUAAAUUAACAUGGCUCGAAUGAACCGCCCAGCUCCUGUGGAAGUCACAUACAAGAACAUGAGAUUUCUUAUUACACACAAUCCAACUAAUGCAACCUUAAACAAAUUUAUAGAGGAACUUAAGAAGUAUGGAGUUACCACAAUAGUAAGAGUAUGUGAAGCAACCUAUGAUACUACUCUUGUGGAGAAGGAAGGCAUCCAUGUUCUCGAUUGGCCUUUUGAUGAUGGUGCACCACCAUCUAACCAGAUUGUUGAUGACUGGUUAAGUCUUGUGAAAAUUAAGUUUCGUGAAGAUCCUGGUUGUUGUAUUGCUGUUCAUUGUGUUGCAGGACUUGGGAGAGCUCCAGUGCUUGUUGCCCUAGCAUUAAUUGAAGGUGGAAUGAAAUAUGAAGAUGCAGUACAGUUCAUAAGACAAAAGCGGCGUGGAGCUUUUAACAGCAAACAACUUUUGUAUUUAGAGAAGUAUCGUCCUAAAAUGCGGCUGCGCUUCAAAGACUCUAAUGGUCAUAGAAACAACUGUUGCAUUCAAUAACAUUGAGAUGCCUGAUGUCAUUGUUUGGAAGUGGAACUUAAGACGUGGCUGAAUUUGUCGUACAUAUUAGCCAACACAUUGGCUUGGUGAAUAUGUUUAAUGAAGCUUCCAUAGGAGUGUUGAAAAGCAGUUUCACCAGGCCACAAGCCUGGUAGAAUUUGCAACCUCUAUGUUUGAGUUAUGAUCAACCUAUUUGGACAUUUAGCAGAGGGUUCUUGCUGUUCAGCAUUUAAAAUGUGCUUAGCAUUUGUACCAAUUGACCUUCCCUGAAAUCAUGCAGUAUUGAGUUAACAUCAUCAAAUCUGUUUCCAUGCCACAAUCUUAUCAAUAAGGAAUUUAGAAAGACUAGGUGCCAAAAUACCCAGCACAAUACUUGUAUAUUUUUAGUGUCAUAUAGAACUAAAAUCCCAGGAACUAUGAACACUCUGGACCUUAUGUGGUUUAUUUCUUCCAUCAUUUCAGACAUAAAAAGGAGGGCCUAUGUGGUUAUUUGUUCACAGGAUGUUUACAUCUCCCACAUUCAUACCAGUAUACAUCAAGAUUUGCUUUUUUUUUUUUCCUGUUUAUUAACCAAGUCUUACAGUGAUUAUUUAAUGUUUUUCUGUAAACCUCAUUUUGUGCUGUCAUAAAAGACCUCCAUUUUGAAAAUCUACAUUGUACAGAAGCACACGUCUUUAAUGUCUCCAGACAAAAAAAGCCUUACAGUUAAUUUUAAUGUUUGCACUUUGGGGUGCAACUUACAGGGAGGGCCUGCAAAAAGAGUGGGAGGGGGCUAUUAAGUAUUUUUAGUAAAAUGUUGCCUUUGUCUUGUGCAGAACAUGUAGAAUAUGCGCUUUAAUUUAGUAAAUAUUUUUUUAAAAGGUAGAAAUACUUUGUUAUUGUAGCUAAAACAAUUCUUAAUCAUAAAAUUUCUGAAAUUGUAAUUUUUUUUCAUACUUAUCUGAAGUUGUUUACCAACUUAUUUUUGUUUGAAGUGUGGUUCCCAACCUCUCUUGCAAAAAAAAAAGAAGUGGGUUUCUGCUAAUGAAUUGAGCAGACAUUUAAUAUUUUAUAUGCCUUUUGAGCUGUGUAACUUAAUAUUUGGAUACUUGACAAUUUGUUUUAUUAUGUAACUGAUAAAAUGGUGAUGUGUAUUAACGUUAGCUCAACCAUAUAUUUAUACUGUCCGGGAACAUGUGGUUAUAGUUCUGUGGGAGAAAUAAUUUGUCAGUGUUCACCAGCUUGUAAAAAUUUAGUGCGAGAGCUUAAACAUUAAAUAAAUAAUGAAAUGCAUCUAUCAUCA